CUCCGCCGCCCUUACCUUCCAAUCUGGGGUUACAGAUACAUAUUUGUGGAUUUUGUGCGGGUAUAUAGUACUGUAUUUGAUUUGAUGGGAUGGGAAGAGGACGGAUUCAAUCCAUUACAACACCACGAUUUGCGCUAGUAAUUUUGCGCACAGCGAGGGUCGUGCUGGGUAUUUUACAGAUUUAGAAUAGACGUAGGAGUCGUCGUUUCCGAUCCCAACUGCGGGCUUUGUGGGUUGUUACCGAAAAAAAACUGAGAGCUUACCAAAACCCACCCUUUCCACGUUCUAGGAUCCGUGUCUUUUUUUUUUUAAAAAAAAUAUUUAUAUACCUCUCCAAAUCCAAAACCCAAAAGACUCCGCGCCGCUCUGUCUCACGAAACCGAUAUGGAGUUCCAGUACCGCGCCAUCGACGAGCCCCGAAGCCGAUCGCCACUGCCGCCGCCGCCAGCGGCGCCAAGUACUCCUGGCUCCGGAUCGGCAGACAGCCAUCGAGGCGACGGUCCGGUAGAGCGUGUGGGGAAUUCGGCCGCCGCGGCGGUUGACGGUGAUGAGCUGCGGCGGCGGCAAGCGGAGAAGGCGAGGAUCAGGGAGCGGAUCCUCAGGGAGGAAGUGGAGAACUGGGAGCUAGAGCUGGAGGUGCGCAGUGAGUUAAGGGAGGAGAUGCUGCAGCGGUCAUGGCCCGUGCUCGGGCGAUCGGCGACGGGAUCCGAUGCUCCGCCGGCGUUGUCAACCGGCAUGAUUACCGCCGCCGCCAAGUCAUUGCAGCCUGUUGUUGCGCUUGAGGCCCACCCAAAAUCAAACGCACUAGCAACCGCGCUGACCAAGCGGAAGAGCCCUGAUCGUGGCACCGGAGCAUUGUUGGUUCCAGGCAGCAAGAAGCAGAAGAGUACAACCUGCAUGGUGUGUUGCAUCACUGCAAACAGCAAGAAGGCCAUGCAAGACCACCUCAAUGGGAAGGCGCACAAGAGGAAGGUGGUGGCACUUCCGGAGUUGCCAAAGCUAGUGCCAGAGACAGAGCAGGAGAGAGGGCUCGAGGCAGGGGAGGAAGAGGCAAUGGCAAUGGAGACAUUGGGAGAUUACAAACCGAAGAAGUUCAUGAUGGCGACGAACGCAGGAGAGCUGAACGAAGUGGCACAGAUGGACGGGUACCUCCUAUGUGAGUUGUGCAAUGUGCCGACAGCAGACCGUGUUACCAUGAUGUGCCACCUACAGGGUAGCAAGCACAUCUCUAAUUGCCAGAAGAAGCGUCAACCCUCCAUCAAGCCAUCGAAUGAGGCAAAGGGUACAGUUAGUGCUGCCACUUCAGCUAUUGGCAGCGCUGAUCCUAAAAAGCUGGCUCUAGAGGAUUUCAGUGUGCCGCUGCCACACACCGUGCGACGCUUGGAAGGAUUUUUGCUCUGCGAGCUGUGUGAUGUGAAGGUUCCAUCGAUGCAUGUCAUGCGUCAACACUUGUCAGGGAAGAAGCACAAGAAUAAGGUGAACACCAGCUCUGAUGCCUUUGUCUUGUCCACAGGUGGAAAGGAAGCGGUCAAAGUGCAGCCAGUAGACACACAGACAUUUGUCAUCUCUGACUUGGCAGCAAAGGUGGAAGCCCCAUUGGAGAAGUCCUUGCAACCAAAGCUUGGUGAUGACAGUGAGCUGCAAGAAACGACUGUGACACCAGCAAAGGAAGACGCCGCCACUGGGGACAGUGCUAAGACUGCUGGAAAGGAAAUGAUGAAAAGUAGUGCAACUUUUGCUGGCGCUCAGCCCAAUAAUGUCUCUGUUUCUAACUCGCUGACCAUGGAAGUAGACAGUGUGAUGCACCCUCUCUCCCAGGUGGAUGGCUUCCUCGUCUGCCUGAGCUGCAACAUAAAGUUACCAUCUGAGACUAUCAUGAAGUCUCACCUGGCUGGCAAAAAGCACAAGCGCAAGAUGGCACUCGCUGCACGAGGAAACAGCGACUUGUCUGUCCUUGCCACUGGGGCUGACGAGGUGCAAGACAGCAUCUCAAAGACCACGAAAGCCAAUGUGGAGGCAGGAUUGGUGCCGUCGGUGGUGCCACAGGCAAAUACUACUGCCGACGAAGAAGAAGAAUCAGCCCCACUGUUAGCAACUCCACAAACGGAAAACACUGUUGCAAUGGCAUUGACUUCAAUGGCAGUAGAUCUACCAGCAGAAGCCCAACUUGCUACAUGCAUUGUUGAACCAGCUAAGGAUUGCGAGAUUACUAAGGAAGCUGAAGGAGAGCACGCAGCGCUUGCCCCUGGCAAGCCAAUUAAGAUCCAGGUGGAGGGCAAGGUGUUCACUGUGAUGCGGCAGGAGAAUGGCAGUCUCUUGUGCGAGGUGUGUGGUGUUGUAUGCGACAAAGACAGCAUGAUUCUGCACCUCUACACCAGUGCGCAUUGGAGCAAAGCCAGUCUUGCAGAGGAAAAAGAGAAGGAGCAAGCGUGCAUCACUGCAGAUGCAGUAGUGGACAAGGAUGGCGAGGUUGGCAACAUGGCAAACAAGGGUUCUGGUGGACUGAGAAGAGAAGUGGCAGUCGGUGUGUGUGAUCGUAAACAACUUGAACGUUGCAUGUUGACUAGUACUACUACUUGAAUCUUGAGAAUGGCUGGACCGCUGGAGGCUGGGAAGCUGAUUGUGCUGGUGGCCUUGCUCCAGCGCUGGAACUUUAACAUCUUCAAGGGCUGUGAAUUGAGAGGUGGAUUGUGUUAGUGUUGUGGUGACAGGACAAAUUAGUGUCAGCAGGGAGGAUUCACCCUGGUUUUAUCCUUAUCAUUUUUCAGUCAGAUGGAGUCAAUGAUAUAUGGUUUUGAACUUGUGUUGCUCCAUGCAGGUUCAAAUGUGUGAUUAUGAAUUUAUCUUUGAGCCUGCAAUGCUGAAAUUUGUUUUCUAAUUUUUUCACAGUAGAAAAAUUUGUGCGCAAAGAACCAAAAGUAUAUGAUAUAUUAGCAGUUGUGUGUGAGAUCCAAAAGUAA